AUGUCGUCCGUCAUCGUCGGGGCGAAAGUGGUGACGAUCCCCGUCCAAACAAAGGUCUCGAUCCAGCUCAAGGCAAAAUUCUUUCCUUUCGGUGCUGUGGAGAAAAAGGAUAUUGACCCGCAAGUCGAGGUUCGCCCAAUCCAUGACCUCUCGUUCCCUGAGGCGUCCUCUACCAACGACUACUUCGAUUCUGACAGCGCUCCGGACAUCGCAUACACCAGUGUGACUGUCCUCGCACGACGAAUUGAGGUUCUAGCUCUAGCUCAUCCUGGUAUUGUGAUCAAGAUGCUGAAGGGUGACGUCAAGUCAGCUUUCCGUCAUCUCAUGCUUCAUGCAUCACACGUUCGCUGGAUGGGAGCAACCUUCCCGGAUGAAAAUGCAUUAGUCAUCGACCUGGCAGCUCCAUUCGCGAGGAUGAUGAACUCUUUUCGCCGCCUCGAGCUCGCAGAAUCGACGCUGCGUCUGAGUAUGAUGGCGGUUUUGGAUCCCGACAGUAUCAACGACGCAAAGUUUUCCGGUUGGUCUACGCAACUGCAAACUCUCGGUCUCAUUUGGGAUACUACCGAUCGGACAGUAUCGAUGCCAGCGGCAAAAAUCCACAAGUGUCUGGACCGCGUCGUCCACAUGCUCACCUGUGAAAAAGUGACUAAGAAGCAUCUCCAGAAGCUACUCGCGGUUCUUCACCCUGCGCGAAGCGAAUUUAUACUUCUCAAGUUUGAUGAAGAGGAGGCGCUCAUGAUUCAAAAUUCGGAUUCAACAGGCUUCACUAUCAACCUUCAGUCAAGAAGUGGCUUUGGUCAAGAAAUCAACCGCGCCAUCGGCUUGGCAGAAGCAGUUUUUCGAAUUCGUCUCUCUGCCCACCAUCUACCGGGGUCGAUCAAUCGCAUGGCAGACGCAGGAUCACGCUCGUGGUCAUCUCCUUACUCACACUUGUGGUCAAUUUUGUCGUCCGGCUGGACUCAGGUGCAGGUGCCCGCGCACUGGAGGAAGAUUUACAAAGAAUUCUCCGCGAACUGCAAUCCAGUUCACUGGCCGCGUCAUCACGACAACGGUAUCUCUCCUCAUGGAACCAGUGGACACGAUGUCGCGUGGUAUCAUCGCUGCGAGUAUGGAGUCAAUAUCGGCCUCCUUCCCCACCACGCGAUGGCAAUCAAAGGAAUCCAUCGGCUUCGGCCUUCGCCCCGACCCAAGCUACCCAUUAUGGUGUCCAACCUCCGCAUACUCCACCAACAACUCAAUUUCCACUCAGCUCACGACCGUGUCCUAUGGGGGGCUACGGUCAUGGGCUUCUUUUUUCUGCUAAGACGCAGCGAGUAUUUACUUCAUGACAACAAGAUCUACCAAUUUGCUAUUCGACGAUCCGACAUCAAGUUUUACGAUCAAGCUGGCACAAUUUGCGAAGUGGAUAAGAAGGCCGCCAACCUCGCUGGCCAGGAUUUGAGCCGCUUCUCCACACACUCGCUGCGAAUCGGUGGAGCCACAGCUCUCUUCGCCGGCGGCAUCGACAGUCUGACCAUUAAACUGUUUGGGCGAUGGCGCUCUGCCGUAUUCGAGAGGUACACACGCAUCCAAGCUCAAGUCACUACAGCAAUGGCACGCUGCAUGAUCAAUCCCAGUCAAGCCGCUUGUUCCAAUCAACACCAACUUCAAGGGCAUCCUACUCGCCACACCCGGGCAGGAGGCAGUGUCAAUACAACAAGCUAUGUGCCCCAGAACUGA